UACGAAACGAAAAGGAGGUGGUGUAAACAAACAACAAAAUGAAUAAGUUAUCGGUCAAUUUUGAAGUUCUGUUGUUGCUUUUGAAAGCUUCCUCCAAGCAACAAGUCAUCGACAUUUGUCAAGAUGCAUUUAAACACCGUGAAAAAGAAGUUCCUCCUAACACUGUACUCAAAUCUUUGGUAGAUUCAUUUUCCAUUGAAACUUCAGAAGCUACUAAACUUUUUACAGCAUUAACUGGAUUGAUUAAAUUUAUCCUGUUUCAUGGACAUUCCACUCAUGAAAGCAUAUCAUCUCUCUUUCCUGAAGACUUUCAUAAAAAUUUAAAAGACCUUCUUUCAAAAAUUCUUUCUGAUCACUUCUCAUCUUGGAAAUCUGCAGCUGUUACUAGCUCAAUAUCAAUGCCAAGGCUCACAGAGUUUGAUUGGAGGGUGGAUUUAAAAAUGGCAUCCGGAAAAGUUGCCCGAAUGAAUGAACCUACCUGUAUACUUCAUUUAAAGAUUAAUGACCCAGGGCUUCCAGAAAACCAUGAAGACUGUCAUCAAACUCUAAAUGUUGAAUUGAGCAAGGAAAAAUUGGACACUAUGCUUCAUGGAUUAGGUCGCAUUAGGGAUCAAUUGUCUGCUGUUGCCAAGAAGUAAAGUCCCCCCCCCCCCCAAGGUUUGCUGCAAUAUUUUGGUUGAGCCAGUUUCUAAAUAUGAAAAUACUUGACUAAUCAAGCAAUUGUCAGUUUCUGAAGUGUAUAAAAGAGGAUAGAUUCUGUGUAGCAAAAGUUAUACACUAAUACGGUACCAGAAACAGUAGGACACACAUCCGUCGCAGAUUUUUGAGGAGGUCUGCAGACUAUUUCUGAUUUAUUAUUUUUUUUUAAAUUAAAACAAAAAAUGGCCUAUAUAAUUCUAUGCAGGAAUCCUCAGUGAUUAAGAAGUCAAAAGAACUUGCUCCCACAGAAACUUGUUCCUCAUUUUUGAUUUUAUUUUAAAGCUUUUAAGCAUUCUAUUUAUGUUUAAUUUUUUGAUUUAGCUUUAUUUUCUAGCAUUCCUUUUUGCUGAUUCAUAGUAAGGGUUAUGACUAAUUUAAUGCUGGCUUACCUUGCAGACUACUUGUGGGUUUUUUAAUCUCUAUUGCAAACUACUGAAAAAAAAAUCUGCUAGCGGGUAUAUACUAAUUUACUGAUUCAAUUCACUUCUGUUUAAUAACAUGAAUUUUUAUUGUAUAAAAAUUUGGACAAAAAUCCUGAGAAUAACUUGAAAAAAAUAUUUAUAGCUAUGGAUCAAAUUGUUAAUUAGUUUAUUUUUCCAUGUUAUGUGUGAAUUUGAAUGUUUUGUCAGUUGUAAAUAUUUUAGUUACAAAUUGAUGCUUUUCCUUUUGUACUUUUAUAUCAGGUCAAAAAAUAUUUUGUGACAUAAUUAUAUUAUAGUGAUUUCUUACUGUUAUAUUAUUUAGUUGAAAAAUACUUAUUAAGUACAAUAAAUAUCUGUAUUUUGGUAAAUCAUCUCUCUCAUUUUUAUACCCUUAGAGCUU